AUGAGCAGGCAGGAGAACCUGACGGAGGCGAGCUCCUCUACGCUCUCAGCCGCAUCACCCCUCUCGAAGCCACCACACACUGAUUAUUUCUGCGGCCGCUUUGUCGAUCGCGGAGAUGGAUGGCCGGAAGACAUAACAUGGUGGAAGGAUUUUCUGAUGCUUGAUCUGGGCAAGGAGUGCUUCAAAGACAUUCAGUCCGUCUACCAACAGGUACAGGAGAAGCAUUCAGAUAAGAAACUCCCAGACUGGCCCUUCUACUUGUUCGGCCCCAGAGACCUUAUGUUGCAUCUGGAAGAGUACCUGAAGACUGGCUCAACCAAUAAAUACAAGGCCAGUCAUGUCCUGCCUGACCAUAUCCGCUCCGGAAAGGCGGACGAGCGUGUUUUCUACGGAUGGCCAGCCGAGCUUGUGCAGCAGGGCUACAACCUGUUCCGCAGAGCGGCAAGCUCUCCAGAGUUGACUGUGGAAGAGCUUCUUGGAGACAGGUGUAACGAGAUCAAGCCCGUACUGGAGUCAGAAGACUUUGCCAGAUCCUUGAUCUUCCUAGACAUCUUCAAGAAGGCAGAAAUUGUGCCCUCGCCGGGCACGAGUGGCUUCAUCAGCUCCUUGAGGACAAAGGUCUUUAAUCUUCAUUUUUACCGGAAGCGAGCCUUUGAGGUGCCGCCUGGAUUCUUCCUCAUCCAAAAGAAUCACGAACUAGCCAGCCCGCGCCAUGUCAUGUUCGCAUUGAACUCCUCUAACUUCAACGCCCUACGAGAAAUGAACGAACAACAAACAGGAGUCUCUCAGGAUGACCCCAACGGCUCGUUCUAUGAUGACAUCUGGAUGACCAAGAUGAACUAUCUCCAAGAGAUAGAUCAGAUAGUUGUGCGAAAUGCGAUGAGGGAUGCCCAGAUCUGGCUUCUCGCAGAGGAAUGCGAGGAGCGGCAGGCUGAUAUGCACUGGGGCCAACAGUCAUUCGGCAAGAACGGCAAGUUGUACACCUAUCAGUCGCAUCUGGGGACCUUCAAGUUCUCUCCCAGUGGAGAUGGCUUCCCGCAAGCAGCAUAUGUUGUCGGCGAGAACAAUAGGGGCCGAUCGGGCUUGGAUAAGGACACCCUCGAGGGUGCCAUGCGGGCUCGUGAGGAGUUCAAGGCACGGAAUGAGAACGAAGAGUCCAAGUCCGAAGGAUCAACAAAUGAGGAUAUGGCAGACGUUCGGGCAGAACAAGAUGGAGAAGACCCUGCAGAGGAAGCUGGCCCAGCCGAGGCCGGGGAGGACAGCAAUGGUCCGGCAAAGCCGGAAGCACUGAAGAAAAACAAACACAAGAAGAAGAAUCCCAAGAGGAAGAAGGCAAAAAAGGCCUCGACGAGUUCAGCCGCUGCGGAUGAGGUGAAGGCUGACGAUUCUGGGACUUCUACCGUUGUGGACAAUGAUGCUGAAGGCUCGACCGAAGCGGGCAGCAUUGAGACUGCCGUCAAGGAUCGUCAAGGUCCAGAGCUGGAGGAGGAUGACCAGAGCCAAGACGAGGACAAGACCCCGGUCGAUGGACAGACAUCUGAGGCGAUCAAGUCCGACGAUGCCUCACCUCCGCCGUCGUCACCGAGAACCAUCACUGAUGGCGAGACUACGGUUCAGGGUUCCCUGAGUUGGGAUGAGGAAGUGGCUGAACUGGAAGAGAAAAACGCCAAGCCCAACGAUGCCAGCCAGAGCUUCCCCAAUAGCAAAGCUCCGACGGAAACCUCGGCAGCUGAAGAGCCCAAGGUUGAGAAAGAGAUCACGUCUACUGGCCCCAUGCCUCCGAACGUCGCCGAACCUGCAGUCGAUUCGAAGUCUGCCCCAGCUCAAGCUGUAGUCGAGCCUCAGAAAUCGGGUUCCGAGGAAGAGCCCACUCCUUCUUCUCAGCCAAAGGCGACAGACGUCACUACAAAUGCUGGGCCUGCAAUGCAGCUAUCCCUGGACGAGAUGGGGGCCAUGCCUCCCGAGUCUGUUCAUAACUGGCAGAAAGUCAAAGCCAGGGGCAAGGCCAAGACUACCACCAAGGCCAAUGCUGGUGCCGCAGACUCGAAGAAGAAGGGCGUUGGUUCGCAAAGCCUAGCUCCCGCAGCAGAAGUGCCUUCUUCUAAGGACCUGUCGUCUGCCCAGGAAUCAACAUCGCCACCCACUAUCCGCAUCGGAAGUGGAAAGUUUCGUGCACGAGGAGCCGCGUCUUCUCAAAUCAAAGGCAAUGCCUCAAUGCCCCAGGCUGGUCAGACUAGUCCUAUGAACACUCCAGCUAAGAAAGCCAUCACCACUGCCCCUCCCGCACCUGUCAACAAGGCCACAGCAACGACUCCGGCCAAUUCCACGGGUCCUCCAGUUGCGGCGCGUCCGAACGAGACUGCCGCUUCUGGUGCUCCGCAACUUGCCCCAUCCUCGACUCAGAACGGAACGGAGGACCGCCCUGCUGUCACUCUGCCCCAGCGCGAGAAACCCCGGAACCCUGCAGAAAUGGCUAAGAUGGGUAUGAAAGCGUUCAUAGCAGCCGACCUGGAAAACAAACGUGCUGCAAAGGAGAAGGCCGCGUUGGAAAAGGAGAAGGCUGAGAAGGCCGCUAUGCUAGCAAAGGAGAAGGCUGAGCAGGCCGCUAUGCUGGCAAAGGAGAAGGCUGAGAAGGCCGCUAUGCUGGCAGAGGAGAAGGCAGCCAAGUUGGAAAAGAAGAAGAUUGCUCACCAGGAGGGUGUAAAUGCUCAGGCAGAGCCUGGAGCAAACAAGCAGAGCAGGAAGGCUGCGUCCAAGACUUCGCGAAAACCCGCUAUAGUUUCCACCUCGGCGUCAGAGGAUGAUACUUCUGUCUCAACAGCAGCUCCCAAGCCUUCUGAGAAACAGGCCAAAACUGCAUCGAAUGCUGGUACCGACACCUCCCCUGGCACGACGAGCGACGCGGAGACUCCAAGCGCAACUGAGGCUCUUAAGGCCUCUCUUGCCGCAGCUGAGCCGCCCAAGCCCGCUCCCGUCGUGCAGCAAAGCUUCGAAAUUGAUUCUCAUCGGUGGCCAAGCUUGGGUGACAGCAAGGAGCCAGAGAUGCCCGAGAAUUCGACGGAGACCUGUGAUGACCCCAACCACAGCAUUCCCUUAACCCAGAGCACGAACGAGAAGCCCCCUGGCUUCAAGUCGGUUCAACCAGAGCGGCCGGUUGAGUCAAAGCAGCCAGAUCAGCCAACCCAGCAGCCUGCCAAGAAGAAGAAGCAUUGGGAGACGUUCAAUUGGAGCGCAGAGACACAGAGCUCUAACAAGAAGGAAGGCACCAGCAAGCCACAUCCAAGGCCGCCAGCUCCCAGACAUGCAUCUACCAAGCGGGCUUUGAGAAAGAAGGCUGCUGCCGCGGCUCUCAAGAGAACCACUGCCCCUAAGCCUGCUGUGGAUAAAGAAGAGAGCACGUCUUCUGCUUUGGCUUCCUCAAGCGCCAAGGACUCGGAAAACACAAGAAAGGCCUCGCCUUCCACUGUGUUUUCUACCGACAAGUCAGGCUCCACACAGCCUUUCAGCUUUGCGGUAGCAGCUACAAAGCCCGCUCCUCGGUGUAAUGAUCAGACUCAUCAUGCUGCUGAUCCCGUCGAGAAGGGACCUGCCGGCAAGGAGCCACCCACUGGCCAGAAGGCUGCGGAGACACCGACUCAGGCCAGCAAGCGAUCUGAGACUGCUUCUUCGGAGAAGGCCGAUGCUCCCAAGACGGUCAUGUCUCUCCCUGGAGCUGCUGCGAAUGCUUCACAGUCUACCGCGCAGAAGCAGAAACAAGUCGCUUCUACUACGACAGCCGCAGAGAAGCAGCAUGUCCCUGGUUCCGCCACUCAAGUCCAGGAGAAGCCUGCAGAGAACUCUGCCACUCCAGGUAUUCUCGGUACACAUGUCGCUCAAGCGACGUCCUCUGCAGUUACUGCAGAUAGGAAACCUGUCGACAAGGGAAAGGGCAGAGUUGGUCCUGGCCUUUAUACCGUCUUGGAGCAGGAUGAAGUUGCCUCUAAUGCAGCACCCGUUGAGAAAAUCCAGCAGCAAGUCCCUGGUUCUGUCACUGAAGUCCAGGGUAAGUCUGUGGAGGACUCUGCCACUCCAAGUAUCCUCGGUACACAUGUCGCCCAAGUAACUCACUCUGCAGUGACUGCAGAUAAGAAACCGGUCGACAAGGGAAAGGGCAGAGUUGGUCCUGGCCUUUAUAUCAUCUUGGAGCAGGAUGAAGUUGCCUCUGACGCAGCGCCCGUUGAGCAUAUUCAGCAGCAAGUUCCUCGUUCUGUGGCCGAAGUCCAACUGAAACUUGCGCCUCUAGUCGUCAAUGGCACAUCGGUGGUCCAGGGAUCUUUCUCUGCAACACCUGCAGACGAGAAGGCUAUCGACAAAGUAAAGGAGCAUGAAACUACUGGUACUCCUAUCGUCUCCGAUCCUCCAAUCCAGACCACUCCGCAGAACGUCCAGCUGCCACCGUCGGAGCUGCCUCCUGUUCGUGUUCGCGAAGUAUCGCCGUCCGAUCCUAACUCAGUGGCUAUCCCAGCCACCACUGCUUCCCACACUGAGUCCAUUACCGAUGCUGGCGUCACGGAUUACGACCAUUCUGAGGAGUCACCGCAACAGCAACUCUCGAUCGCCCGGGAGCAGCAGGAACAGUCGCCACCACCCUCCUGGAAGGCCUUCAAAGUGCCGAGGCACGACCGCCCUGGUGCUCUGUCAGACCCGCUGCCUUUCAGGUCCGAGGACUUCUCUGUGCCGAGCUCGUUGCUAAUGACGUCCCCGACCUUGACCCCGCCUCAAGAAGAUUUCCACACACAGCAGACUCCUUCGGAGCAGGCCCCCUCGCAAAAGACCCCCUCGGAGACACCCUCGAAGCAGGCCGCCUCGGAGCAGUUCCCCUCGCAAAAUACUCCCUCGGAGCCGACCCCGUCGCAGAAGACCCCUUCGGAGCGGGCCUCCUCGCCGUGUUUCUCGCAACAGUCAUCGUCUCAGGAGUCACAAGUGGAGAGCGUUCAGCAGCCUAUGCACUCCCAGCGCGCUCCCCGGGGCGAACCUCCUCGAAACUUUGCCAAGCCGGGACCUCGUAUGCGGCAACAGCCCCCGCCCUUCUCGGGCUUUCACCGGCGCUACCGUCCCCAGAGCAUGUCCCGCAGCCCCGCGCCGACCAUGCCUCGGGCGCGUCAGCAGCAAGCGACUCCCACGACUUACCAGCAGCAGCCGGCGGCCGUCGCAGCAGCAGGAUAG